AACUUUCUUACAUUUCUUAUCUCAAUUUAUUUUUCCUCAAUCACACGCAAACACACACUAUUUGCUUAUAUAAAAAAAAAACACACAGACACACUCUCUCCCUCGCUCCACCAAUAUAAAUAAAUUCCCAAUCGAAACGAAAAAAUCUUCGGAUUCAUUACAGAAAAUUUCUCAUAGGGUUUUGAUUUUCAGAAUCUCGAGGCUAAAUCUCGCUUCAAUUCUCCAUUAUAUAUAGACAGAGCAAAAAAAAAAAAACGGUUUUGUUUUGUUUUUGAUUCUUGAAAUUCGAAUCAUUUUUUGAGAUACCCAAUUAAGUAAUUAGGGUUUAUAGAGAAAAAGGUGAAGUGGGGUUGAAUCAAGUUGAGAUUUUGUUUGUGGGUUUGAAAAAGAAAGAUGACGGAUGUGAUACUGCAUAUAUAUGAUGUGACGAAUAGUGGAUCCGAAAAGGCUAAUAAUACCAUUCUUCAGAUCAAUAAGAUCUUUAAGGAUGGUAUUGGUCUUGGUGGCAUUUUUCAUAGUGCUGUUCAGAUUUAUGGAGAUGACGAAUGGUCAUUUGGAUACUGUGAGCAAGGUACUGGAGUUUUUAGUUGCCCUUCUGGACAGAAUCCAAUGUAUACCUUUCGUGAAUCCAUUGUUCUAGGGAAAACAGACUUUUCCAUUUUCAAGGUAAAUCAAAUAAUAAGAGAACUCAGUAGAGAAUGGCCUGGAAAUUCAUAUGAUCUGUUGGCCAAAAACUGCAACCACUUCUGUGAUGAAUUCUGUGAAAGGCUCGCUGUACCGAAACUUCCAGGUUGGGUUAAUAGGUUUGCGAAUGCUGGUGAUACUGCCAUGGAAGUUGCUGGGAAUACAGCAUUACGGUUCCGGCAAGCGAAAACAGAGAUUGUAACAGCGAGCAAAGUAGCAUACAGGUUCUUAUUGGGUGUUACAAACAAUGUUACUAACAACAUUACUAACAACGCUACAAACAGUGUUAAACCAGGACCUGAUUCCCCCAACAUAUCAAACAAUGAAGUGUCCUCCCCUAGAUUUCAAGCUUCUUGGUUGAAAAAUUUGAUUACUAAUGGGGCAAAACCAUCCACUAGUUCAGAAGCUGAGAAUCAAAAUGGAGCUGUUCCUGUACAACCAACAAGAGAAGAAGAUGAUAAGACUCUGCUACAGCAUAAUUCAUCUUCACAUUAUGAUAGUUGAUUGAAAUAGAAUCCAUGUCAAAAUUGCUUAGUUACUUUCUGCAAUGGAUUGUAGUAUUUUGUAAGUUGCAAAAAGGAAACAUAUUUUUCAUAGUAUUCAUUGUGGAUUACCUUUGUUAUAUAGUUCCGAUGAACCCCACGAAUGUCGUUUAUAGGGGCUACUACCUGAAGCUAUUCUCCGAUCGGUACUUAUAUCAAAUGUAUAAUUUUCAUUUGUUGCUCAACUUCAAAUCUUAUUAUUGGUGGUUCCUAGUGAAACUAUGUUAAGUGAAAGGUAAUUGGGUUGUUUUGUGUUUCUUCUUUGAA